AUGAUUCUGCUCGGUCAAAUGCGCAUUCACAAAAGUGGGGAUGACGGGCAACACCAGAAGCGAUGGCGACGUUGCGCGGUUGAUUUUCAAGGUCUUCGUGUGGAAUCGCCACAGCCUUCAAAUUUAAACCAAACUGAAGAUGAACAAGACCAUAAUCUCGAUGGCAUUCCUGUACGGAGCCGAGACUUGUAUAUUCUAAUCGUGCCACAUCAGGAAGUUGAACCACUUUUAUUCCAGGUGCCUCUGUGGAAAACUGAAGCUGAGAUGGUAAGAACUUCUGAAGCGAACCCUCAGCAUCCAAGCAGUGCUGAGACAAGUGGAACUGCGAAGGAACGACUAUCUGGUGGGAAUGAACUAGGAGCGACUGCCUAA